AUGCAGAAGAAGAAAGUAUCAUCCGGAGGAGGCAGCCGCAGGCGGAGUGAUAUUAAUCUCUUGAUGGAGCAUGGAAUGAUGACGGAAGUUCUAAUACGUCUGCCGGAGAUCCUCCGCUGCAAGGUCGUAUCCAAGCAGUGGCUGUCUCUAAUUCAAAGCCCUUGUUUUUCAGCGGCUUAUACUUGUCACAAGAUGAAGGAAAUGGCGGUAGCAGACAGCUGCAGCCUGGUCCUGAAUACCAACGGCCGCGAAACAGCCUCAAUCUUGACCAGCCCCAACAUCCACAGCGGCAACCAUAGCAGCCGGCUGAGCAACUUCUCCAUUGAUUUCCUUCCCUACCAAUCCUACGAAGACAGCUUGCAAUACUUUGAGCUGAAGGCUACCGAUAAAUACACCGCCGACCAAAACCUCUUUCAACUAAGCCGUGUUGAACGGAGGAAAGCAUGGGCACGAUAUGACGGCAACUACCAAGGCCUGCCGGUGCCGUUUCAGCUGCCGGAGCCCCACUCGGACCCAAGUCCAGAUACUGGACUCAACUACGAGGACCGCACUGGCCAACGGAGAACCAGGCACCACUACAUAACAGGAGAUAUUGAAAGAUCGUCAAAACUCAAACCGGCGACCAUGAAUGCUCCGCCAUCAUCCACCUCCAAAUCGUCACGUCGACACAAACCCGACCUCUAG